GUGAAAACGAACUUUUGUAUCAUGUUUACUCUUCGUUAAACGGAAAAUACUUGUUUAUUUUGCGUCAUUAAUGGUUUUGUGUUUUGAAUAUAAAUCGAAAUCGGGGUAACAAAAUUAUCAUUAAUCCAGCAACACACAGUGCAGUAUUGUCAUAAUAUUUACGCGUGACGGUUAUCAUCAUUCGUCUACGAAAUUUCACCUGCAACAUCCGAAAGAAUUAUACAGCCAAAAAACAUUCACCUUCGUAUCACCUUGAUUCAUCUACUACCAACUACAAUAUUGAUUCGGUAACAUCGUUUUUUGAAUUUCAUAUUUUAUAAUGGACUUCAAAUGUUUUAUCAUUUCUCUAUGUGUCACAUUACUGGCCAUAAUUCAAUUAAAAAACGUAAACGGUAUAGAUAAUCCAUGGACUCCCGUUUCAAAUUCGUCUGGCGUAGUUCCUUGUCCGUGCAAUUUAACAUUAUGUUUGAGAAAUGAUAGUAUAUGUUCGACAUGUAGAGAUAAAUGUAUCGAUGGAGAAGUUAUUUCGGACGGUUCUUGGUGGUGUGAUAAACCUAAAAUGUGUUAUGACAAAGAAAAACUUAAUUUAUGUUGCAUACCUAAGGUAUGUCCAGAUAUACCACCAGAACAAUAGUAUUUAUUCCUUGAAAAUAUUAAAAUUCUUGGCCUUUUUUUCUCUCCAAAAUCGAAGAAUACUUGUGACUUUAAAGAACUUCUAAAUCUUCCCGAAAUCGCUUCGAAAAAAUGUUAUUAAGUUAGUUUUGCUUAUUUUAUUUAUUUAUGCACUUUGAAUUUAAAUUUGAAAAUAUAUCUAAAAUAUAUUUUUAUAUAUCUUUGUAUUUUUUACAUUAUCUACUCUUGUAGACAACUUAUUUCUGUACGGAUGACUUGGGUAGUUUACAAUAAAAUUGAGGUGACACCAUUGACGCAAAAUACGUUACAUUGCAAAAAAAAAGCUUCUACUUUAAUCAGUAAACAAUGCACUGUGCCUUUUUAUUUUAAGUUGUACGUUUUAAAUUGUUUUAAUUUACGUAUAGUACUAUAUUUUGUUACCGUCAAGAUUCGUUCAAAUUCUCUUACGCAGGAUUGAAACCGGUUUUGAAAUAGAUUUUAAAUACCAGUGAAAACCGUUAAAAAAUCGAUACCAAUAUCAAAAUCAAAUUUGAAGCCAUACAAAUUCAAAACCGAUUUCUAAAAUUGAAAUCAAAAAAAGUAAAACGAUUUCCAAAAUUAAAUCAAGUAAAACUAUCCAAAAUUAAUUGAAUUAUUUUUACUUAUCCUAAGCAUUAUAUAUCGGUGCCCGGACAGUCGGUUAUAAAUCCAAUAGUAAGUUUUAAAGACAUACACUACAUUUUUACAGGGAUAAAUAAUAAUAGCAACAAAAUCCUAUACUAUAUUUACUUUAAUAUUGUUAUCUGAAAUUUUGAGUGUCCAAAAUCCGAUGUAAUUAAUUUAUUAUUAUGAAUAAUGAG